AAGUGGCCGCGAUUUGUUAUCAGUCUUCCGACGUUGACCGUUCAAUACUCAGGUUUUUAAACAUGGCAUUCAAGUUCAUUGUCCUCGCUGCCUUGAUCGCAGUGGCAAGGGGUGGAGUAAUCGGUGCUCCAGUAGUGGCAGCUCCAGCGGUAGCAGCUCCAGUGGCAGUGGCCAAGCUAUCCGACGACACCUUCGAUCCCAACCCUCAAUACUCCUUCGCUUACGACGUCCAAGACGCCCUGACCGGAGACAGCAAGAGCCAAGUCGAAAGCCGCAACGGUGGCAUCGUCCAGGGACAAUACACAGUCGCUGACCCCGACGGCACCCGCCGCAUUGUCGACUACACCGCCGACCCCGUCAACGGUUUCAACGCCGUCGUCAGGAAAGUGCCCCAGGCAGUAGCCGCCCCCGUCGUCGCUAAGGCCGUCGUACCAGCUCCAGUGGCCGUUGCCCCACGUGUGGCUCUCCCAGCUCCGGCUCCAGUUGCUGUGGCCGCCCCGGCUCCAGUAGCUGUAGCCCCACGUUUGGCUCUUCCAGCUCCAGCUCCAGUUGCUUUUGCCGCACCGGCUCCAGUAGCUGUUGCUCCACGUUUCGCUCUUCCAGCCCCAGCUCCUCUGGCUGUUGCUCCACGUUUCGCUCUUCCCGCAGUUGCGCCCGCACCACUGGCUGUUGCUCCCGCACCGUUGGCUGUUGCGCCCGGUUUGCCCCGUUUAGCCGCCCCUUGGGCCGCCGCUCCUCUGACGCGAGUAGCCGCCCCAUUGUCUUAUGCCGUUGUUUAAGGACAGACUGACUUCUAGUAGAUUCAAUUAGUAUAUCUUUAUAAUGUUUGUUGUAUAUACUGUAUAUUUUUAUACUUGUUAAUAAAUGAAGA